GAUGAAUGAUGGCGAGACGUGCUGCGCUCAUGUGACUUGGGCCUUGUUUCAUGGAAUGAGGCGGUCAGAGAGGUGUCCUUCCACUAAUCCACAAGCUACAAAACAAUGUAUCUUUUUCAUCAUUGGUUUCAGAAUCGUGGCCAAUGGAGUGGAGCUGUGGUUGAGUUGAUCAUUUGACCAGAAGACGACGGACUUCGGAAGCUCUGAGAAUUUGAGUUUAGCCUGAGAGCCUGCUGCACCGCUGAAGGUUCAAGUGAAACGAUCGGAGGGUCUAAUAUGCAUGCCAGGGAUAGGAUUCAUUACACAUGUCCAAAACCUACACAAGACAGCAGGAAGGUGAUCCCUACGACAGCAUUUCUCGACAAAAGUUCGAAUGCUGCAACUGUUUCAUUCGCUUGCCUGCCAGGCUGGGAUAUAUUCGUCCGAGGUUUCGGGAUGGGCUGACUCUGUACACCAAUGGAAGGGUAUGGACCCACCACUCAGUAAGCGUACACUCAAAAUGAAAUAUAAAUCCGGGCAGCUGAAGCCCUAAGAGCUUGAGGUCCCGUGCGCUCCAAAUUCCAACUCCUCGUUACGGAAAGCGCCAAUGGGAUGUUUUUCCUUGGCUGGAUAUUCAAUUGAGUUCGAGUACCUUGAACUGUGGAUGAUAUAUUUGAAUCGUUCAUGGAGAUGAUGCGGCCGGAGUUCCUCUGAGAAUCGUAGCGCCUGGCCCCGUUGCUCCAAAUUGGAAAUUAUUCCGUGACAUACAGAUUCUCGAAUCGAAGAAUGUGACAGAGGACUUUCCAGGGUAGUGAAACACUGAUUGAAUUCAGGACCCAGAUAUUCCCCCGUUUUUCUGUCGUUAACGAGAGAGGUCGGGAUCCAUGGAGGUUUCCCGGUGCAAAAUUCAUGUGGAUCUCACUAAAGAUACCGAGACAAUGAACUCUGCCGUCAGGCAAGUUUGCAAAGCUGUGGUUAAGGAGUGGGCCAAUGUGGACGAACACGUCAUGCAAGUUUCCCACAUCACUGGUGGCAUCACGAAUCUCUUAUUGAAAGUAGCAGUGAGCAGUAAUGGUAUAUCGCUGGAAAGCGUUACAGUACGUAUUUUCGGUCCUAACACGGAGACCGUCAUCGACCGUCAACGGGAGCUUCUGGCUAUUCACCAUCUUUCUACCUCCGGGUUUGGAGCAGAGCUAAUAGGUUUAUUUGAAAAUGGUAUGGUGCAAUCAUUCAUCGUAGCCCGCACACUUACACCUUCAGAUAUAUCUACACCGAAGAUAGCGGCUCGCAUCGCGCGCGAACUUCGAAAUUUUCACGAAGCAGACAUACCAAUGUCCAAAGAGCCCCAGCUUUGGGUAGACAUCUCCAAGUUUAUGUCAGAAGCAUCAACUAUAUCAUUUGAAGAUCCCAAAAAGCAGGAGACGUUUUUAAGUAUAUCAUUUCUAGAGCUUCUCGAGGAGAUUGGUGAACUCAAGAGGGCAUGCGACUCCUUGGAUGCUCCAAUUGUUUUUGCGCACAACGAUUUACUUGCUGGGAAUGUCAUGUUCAACUAUGAGACAGAUAAGAUGUAUCUUAUAGAUUUUGAAUAUAGUUGCUAUAACUACCGGGGCUAUGACAUUGCGAACCACUUCAAUGAGUAUGCCGGAUUUGAGUGCGACUAUAGCUUGUAUCCAAGCAAAGAUGUUCAGUAUUUCUUCUUUCGCCACUACUUGAAUGGUCUGAGCUCGAAGAAGGUCGAAAUCACUGAAGCAGAGUUAAGCAAGUUAUACAUCGAGACCAGCUGCUAUGCACUUGCUUCUCAUAUAUAUUGGGCUGUUUGGGCAAUUCUACAGGCUAAAUUUUCGAGCAUUGACUUCGAUUAUCUGGACUACUUCUUUCUUCGCUUCGGAGAGUAUAAGAGAAAGAAGCAAGAGUUUUUGAGCCUGAUGCCAUCGCACCAGAUCAAUGAGUGAUCUGUCAUUUUCGUGAGCCACCAACGAGCUAUAUGUGCCUUGUUUGCUUUGUAGACUUUCCUUUACGAGAUCAAUUAUUGAGUUUCAAAUUGUGUGAUGAUGGUUCGUGAGUCCAGCAUGGUUUUCUGUUAAUAUAUUUGUAAAACUCGUUCACAUUGAACUUGGGCUACAAAAAUUUAGUCCUGUACAAAAAUUCUUCUCAAUAAACUCGAACAUCUCGU